GAAAAGAUAUCCAGAACGCAACGUCACGGGCGCUGGGAAGGCAGGCGGCGUUUACACAGGGCGAUAAGGAGCGAUUGCGGAGGGCUCGGUCUCCUAGCAACCGUGCAGCCGCCUCAUGGCAAUUCGGCAGCGCGGAGGCUCCGGGCCGGCGGCAGCGCGGAGGCGAGGGGCUGCGAGCGGCGGCAGGAAGUGUGUUACCUUCGGGAAAUGGCCUCUUCUAAGUCUUUGAUGAACCUUCUGACCUUCAGUUUUGGAUCUGCGAUAGGAUUUUUUCUGUGCUAUCUCCUGUUUAGCAUGAUACUAGAAGAACAAGUUGAGAUCCAACCUCGUAUUCUUCACAAUGAUCCACAUGGUCAACACUCAGAAGAUACUGAUAACAAUCAGCUGCAAGGACAAAUGAAUUUCAAUGCGGACUCUGGACAGCAUAGAGAUGAGAAUAAAAACGUUGCAGAUGGACUCUAUCAGAAGGUGAAAAUACUUUGUUGGGUCAUGACUGGACCUCAAAAUCUAGAGAAGAAGGCCAGACAUGUUAAAGCUACCUGGGCCCAACGUUGCAAUAAAAUACUUUUUAUGAGCUCUGAGGAAAAUAAAGACUUCCCAACAGUGGGCCUAGAAACCAAAGAAGGCAGGGACCAACUUUACUGGAAGACUAUAAAAGCUUUUCAAUAUGUUUAUGACCAUUACUUUGAUGAUGCUGAUUGGUUCAUGAAAGCAGACGAUGAUACAUAUGUUAUAUUGGACAAUUUAAGAUGGCUUCUUUCAAAAUACAGUCCUGAACAGCCAAUAUACUUUGGAAGAAGGUUUAAGCCUUAUGUGAAACAGGGCUACAUGAGUGGAGGAGCAGGGUAUGUUCUCAGCAAAGAAGCUCUGAAAAGAUUUGUUACUGCUUUUAAAACCAACAAAUGCUCUCAUAGUUCCUCUAUUGAAGACUUAGCACUAGGAAAGUGCAUGGAGAUCAUUAAUGUACAAGCAGGAGAUUCCAGGGAUACAAGUGGUAGGGAAACUUUUCAUCCCUUUGUUCCAGAGCAUCUCUUAAUCAGAGGAUACCUACCAAAAACAUUCUGGUACUGGAAUUACAAUUAUUACCCUGCUGUAGAGGGCCCUGGAUGCUGCUCUGACCUUGCGGUUUCAUUUCACUAUGUUGAUUCCAUGACUAUGUAUCACUUGGAGUACUUGGUUUACCAUCUCCGUCCAUAUGGGUAUUCGUAUCGAUACAAUCCUGAUUUGGCAAAGAGUCUGGAGGAGCAGAACAAAAAUGAAGCACUAGAGGAUAAUCCAAAGCUAAAGCAAAAAACUUCUGAGAAUUAAUUGGACUUUGAAGGAAACUGAAAGAAGGCAGUACAGUGAAUGAGAGUCUUCUUAAACUCCUGCAUGAAGCUUGUGGACUAGGAUUAUUCAUUGUGAUUCUUACGUUGGCAGUACUACCAGUCAGUGCCUGUGCAAAAAAGAGUCCAGCGUAGGCUCUGGCUGUUUGGGAUAGUGUAACACUGCAGCCCUACUCACAAAAUAUUGGGCCCUAGUGCUGUGGAACAGAUGGAGGUUCUGGUAUGCUGGUUCCUAGAAGAACUCAUAUUUAAAAGCAUAGUGGACAGAUUCAAAGAUAAUCGUACAGUAUUUCUUUUUUUCUCUUCCAGAUGUUCUGUUAUGUGAGUUCUUAUACUAGAAAUCUGAUGUAACAGGAAUGCUUCAUGGUGUUUUUCUCCAGUAUUCUCAGUAUUCUGCAGUUACUGCAUGCAUGUUGCCCUAUAAGGAAGUGAGAAGGGUAAAAAAUAGAGCCUCAAAUCUGCUUUGCCUUAUGACAGACUGGUUGGUAAGAAUGGAGACACACCUCAGUGAUUAAUGUCUGAAUUAUUUCAGAAAUUAAAUUCACUGCUAGGAAUUAUUUACAGUUUUUUACUGUAAAUCUCUAUUGUACAGAACAACAUGAAGUUAGAUCACUACUGUCUUAGGGAGAAAUCCAGGGAUAGUUAUUAUUGGUCAAAUUACUGAGGUGAUGUGAGGAGACUAUGUUUGUCCAUGGCUUUUUUAAAUUUUAUUUGAAUCAAGUUACCAUUUGGCUAAAUGAAUAUAUAAAUUCAUCUCAGAACUUGAUAAGAUAAAGAUGCUUUUUCGUAUGAAAGCUCUUCUCCAUUACAUUUUCUCUGUAAAUCAGUUAGUAUGUUAGCCAAGUUACGGUGGCAUGUAAUUUGGAUUCAGCCAAUAUUAAUUAGUUCAUUUCUAUUCAAUUUUCCCAUUUCUGUACUUUGAGAUUGUGACACUACCUUAUUCACAGGAUUUUACAGAUACAAACACGUACUGUUUUAAAACAGCAACAAAGCUCAUUUGUCUGCUUGGCUUAAAGUACUUCAUCUCCCUUUUCUGAACAUUUCUUUUCCUCUGUUCUUAAAGUUUCUUCUGCAUUUGUUUCUUGUUGCUUUUUUCAGAACAAAGUGUUAGAUGAUCCCUAUGUCACUCCUGAAGUAUUCACUCUGAAGUAUUUGGUUAUUCUGAUAACCCAGCCUGAAUGCAGGUAUCUUUCAAAGUGCAUUAAUCUCUCCACUACUAGAUACUAGAGUAUCUCUGCCUCGUAAGUGAAGACACUUUCUUGGUGUGGAACAAAACAGUUUUAAUUACUGAAGAAUUUUCAGAAGUCGAGUCUGUGUUUUACAUACACAACACAAAACUUUGUGGUUUUCACUUCUUCGAAUUCAGUUAAUAGAGCAGUUCAGGGGAUGGGGUUAAGCUUGACAUGCCUUUAUUCCACACUUGAACAAAAUUUCUUUUUAGCAUUUUUCGCCUUCAUCAUAUUGAUGAAUUUGGACAUAACCUGAUUACCUCCAGUCACUGCUUUGGAAAGGGCACAUACCGAUAGCAGACAGCCUUAUUUACUGCUGCUGUCCUUCAGGUUCCUGGGAGAGGAUGUUAGCAUAAAGUACUGGAAUUUGUGUUUUCCAAAGAUAGUUCUCGCACAGAUUGGGGUUCUGUCUGUGGUCCAGUUGUGAGGUCGUGACUGCUUUUCUGAUCAUUAUUCUGCAGCAUAAUGGCAAUUACUGAAAUAUGUGGAAUUGAAAUAUUGUAUGUCAUGUCUCUGCCUGAAUAUAGGUUAGGUUCGUAUGUUAAAUCUGUUGAUCUUUCAUGAGGAAGAUCCUCCAAAAUACUGAAAGAGAUGAGCUUUAUUUUAUGUUAACUGACUUAAGUAGAAAAUUAUAACUGUAUUUGUUUAGAAAAAGGAAAAAGCCUCCGGUUUGCUCUAGUCAGGGUGGUGCUGUAGUCAGAGAGAGAAUGCCUGAUAGCUUCUUUUAGUUGGAUGCUUCCUUCUGUCAGCUAAACGUUUAUCCCGCGUGCCACGCAAACAAUAAGAUCGUGAAAUCCAUAUGCUGUUGAUAACUCUGGUGGCAUUGUUCAAACCUGCAAUUAGAAGUUCUGGAAUACAUCAGGAAACUGUAGAAUGAAAUCAAGAUCUCAGUGUUAAUCUCUUUGCCUUUCCUCUGGGGCAGUUCUGAUGGUUGUCUGCUCCCCAGCUGCGGUUUGUGGUCUUAGCAGAGCAGGGCAGGGCCUUGGGUACAAUGGAGAAAUAAAGAAGUGAGCAGCACAUAUCUGCAAAUUCCAUGUCGUUAGGGAGCAAGGCUGAGAACGUACUGCCUUGUGACAAGUAGGCGGCCUGUCUGGAGAAGUAAGAGCAGCCUUCUCUUCCAGUGCUUAUUCUUGCUUUGUUUUAAAGUGUUCUGCUCCCACACCUCUGAUAUUUCUUUUGUCUUUCUGGCAGUACUGCAAAGAAAUACAAAUAUUGUUUUCCUCUCAGUAUCCAAAUAGGCUUGAAAAAGUAUUGAUUUUACAUUCUAAUAGAAGGCUGUUGCUCUCUGUUAAAUUGCAAUUUAGCAACGAGCCUAUACCUCCUGAAAUGAGCAGUUUGCAUCUCAUUCUUCAACAGCUUAAGUGGACAAGAUUGGAAUUUGAGCAGUUAGUAUAAUUUUCACAUGCCAUCUUACAGAACCAUUAGCAGUUUAUUACUUCACUCUCAGGUCUUCAUGCUUUGACAGAGUACUGAGUAUUUCUGUAGCCCCUUUCUGUAGCAGGCUUCUUCAUGGGGGGAUACAGAAGCACAAAGUCUCUUUGGCUCUUUAGAUUAUUGCAUGCUCUCUCUCUCUCUCUUGCUCUCAGAUCUCUUAAUGUUAUCAAACAUAGAAGCUUCCAUUGGUGUGGUUGUGAUUAAAAUGGUGCAUCUAACAUUUAUGAAAUAGUUUUCUUGGAAUUAGGAAGCAGCAGGCUUUUCUUAAACACUUGUUUGCCCCUGGAUAUGGGAAUGUUCCUUAGCAUAAAACAGUAACAUAUUAACCCUGCAGUAAGAGUGUUUUAGCUCAGGAGAAAUGAGAGUGCCAAGCAAAAUUCUUAAUUGGAGGACAGUGUUAAAUUUGGCUUGCAGAAAAAAAACAAAUUUAAUCUUUAACUUUGAGUUCAUUUUGCAGUCUGUAUUGGACUUAGUGAAGGGGUUAGAUGUGUGGUGUUAGCACAGUCUCUCAUCUUGUGGGAGGUCUUUUCCCAAUGUCUUUUGUCUGUAAGGACACUGUCUUUGUUUUGCUCUGAUGGGGUUAUGUGUUAAAAUCACUUUUUCUUUACAUAUGACUGUUCUGUUUCCAGAGUGUGCGUUUCAGUGAGUAGCUGGCACACCUGUAGUGCACAGUUUGCCAUCCGAGAAGGGCUUUUAUCUUUGUAUGACUAAGAAAGAUGUGGGUUAUUUCUCUGAUGUCCUGCUACUGCUGCUAACAGUGCACACGCAGAUGGACAUAAACCCUUCAAUAUGGCACAACGUGGGAAGGCUGCCGUGUCCUUUUUCUGACAAGAAAAACUUCUGUGGGAUUCCAAAGGUGUAAUUUGCUUUAGUUUACCAUACUGUAUUUAAAAUACUUCAGAAAUGUUGUUAAUGCUCUUAAAAAAUAAAAUGAAUAUUGCUGCUGGACAGUAUAUUCCACUAAAAACCUGUGAAUGUUUCAUUUUGCAGUUUUAGGCUGUUGUGUCCCUACUGACAGGUGUAAAUUGGUGACUUGUCUGGACUGAUCAGCGUAAGAUUUGUUUCUGAAAUACCUUCUUUGAAGUGCCUUUGACCAAUUUUUAGCAUCAGAAUUAAGUUCAGAAUUGAAUAAAUGAAAUAAGUUAUCUCA